UCGUCGAGGUCAAGAUUGAGCCCAAAUUCGGCCCGAAAAAGCCAAAAAUCGGCCGAAAUGCAACGUGAGAAGGAGCACUGCAGUCGGCGCAGCAGCGUAGCGAGUCUUAACUGAUUCGGGAGAGCCGCUCCCAGGCCAGUCUGACUCGCCGCCGGAAAGUGUAACGGUGUGCGAAUUUAACGCCCGGCGACCACAGAAAGGCAGAAAGAGGCCGCAGCGGCCGUCGAUUUGAUCAGCCCAAGUGGGGAAGCGAGAGCAACAGGACUUCGUGACAAAGCCGCCAGUCCUCGUCGGUAGUUACAUCAUGAUGUCGUGCGAGUAAGUAAGAUGUGGUGGCGCACCAGCUGGAAAUGGAAGAGGCUGUGGGUGGGAAGAAGUCGGUCCAUCUGAAUCUCGGCCAGCUUCCCAAUCAAUCGCCGAGCGUCGGCCGAGCUGCAAAGAGCUGUUGGCGCCAUGCGUCUCUUAGCGCUGCUCGCCACCCUUUGCCUGCUCCAGGUGGGGCUCGCUAUGAGCAUAGACGAUGGGCUGACCAAAAAAUUAGAGGAAGCAUUGCAAGGGGCGUCUUUCGUCGUCAGCCUGAAGCAUCUGGAGCCACGCAAAACCAAGCAGCAGGAGCCGCUCUUUGCCUUCGUCUUCUCAGGCUCGGACCAAAAACUCGCCGUCCUUUUAGACAGACACGCCACACAAGUGUUGGUUGAGACGAGCAUCGGCGGCGAGGACACCAUCAGCAGCCGCUUUGCAGCGACACCGCACUUGGGCGAAGACGCCGUGAUCAAGUCGGUGGUGCUCGAGGUGCAGGUCGACGGCGCCCUCACCUUGUUCGUCGACUGCCACAAGGUUGGCUCAAUCGCCCUUCCGCGCACCAUUGGCCAAAUGUUCCAGCGAUCGAAGCGGCUGCAUGUGACUCGGGACAAACGAUUCAAAAUGGCGAUUCACACGGAAACGAGCGUGGACAGCGUUUUGUCCAAAAUGCACUGCACUUCUCAGCAUGAGAAAAUGCAAGGCGACGAGGUGCUGCCAGGCAACAGCGUCUACACCUACAGAAGAGGAGACAUUCCUUUGAUGCACGAGAUUGAAGAGAAAGAGUCUCUACUUGUGAAGGCGCUUCUAGAAUUGAUAACCGCCGUCAAGUCCCUCAAGGGAGAAGUUGAACAACAAAGAGGCGAACUGCGAAAUCUGAGGGACGUCAUGGAGAAUUGCGAGAUGUGUCGAGAAGCGCCGCGGCCGAAGGUUCCGAGGUGCAGCGACAACCCGCCGCCGUGCUUCCAGGGUGCGCAGUGCCAGGACACGGAUCAGGGUCCGGUGUGCGUCAAGUGUCCGCGGGGCUACGUGGGCAACGGGCGGCAGUGCCGGCCCGGCCAGACGUGCGAGGAUCGGCCGUGCUUCCCGGGCGUGCGUUGCUUCGACACGGUCGACGGAUUCCAGUGCGGCCCCUGUCCGAGCACCCACGUCGGCGACGGCGUCCGCUGCAAACCGCGCAACGGCUGCGAACAGAACCCCUGUCCGCAGGGCGUGCGCUGCGAGGCCGCCGACCAACCCCCCUACUACCGCUGCCAACCCUGUCCUCAGGGGUCGCAGAGCAGUGAUGGAAGAAACUGCCAAGACAUCAACGAGUGUGAACUCGCACGUCCUUGUGAUCCUCGUGUGCGUUGCCACAACCUGAGCCCUGGCUUCAGGUGCGACGCGUGUCCCACCGGAUUCACAGGCAGCGGUGGUGCCCAGGGUGUGGGGCUGGACGACGCACGCAGGGUGCGGCAGCAGUGCAAAGACAUCGACGAGUGCGCCGACGGCAGAAACGGAGGCUGCGUUCCCAACUCGCAGUGCGUCAACUCGGAGGGCUCGUUCAGGUGCGGUCCUUGCAACCGCGGCUUCAUUGGCAACCAGACCAUGGGAUGCCACAACACCCCCGGCAUGUGCAUGGACGGAACGGUGUGCCACGAAAACGCAGAGUGCGUUCGAUUCCACGGCCAGAACACUUUCUCAUGCAGAUGCAAAGUAGGCUGGGCUGGUGACGGAAGAGUUUGUGGUCAGGACAGUGAUUUGGACAGGUGGCCGGACAGGGACCUCGGCUGCGGCGACCCCAAGUGCAGGAAGGACAACUGCGUCACUGUGCCUAAUUCAGGUCAGGAAGACGCGGAUGGAGAUCGAAUUGGCGACGCCUGCGACGCUGAUGCGGACAAUGACGGCAUUUUGAACAAUCCGGACAACUGUCCGCUCGUUCACAAUCCCGGCCAGGAGGAUUCCGAUCCGGACGGCGCAGACCGUCAGGGUGACGCGUGUGAUAAUUGUCCCAUGGUGGUCAACGUCGACCAGGAGGACACGGACAAAGACGGUCUCGGAGAUGCUUGCGACCCCGACAUGGACAACGAUGGAAUUCCAAACCAGCAGGACAACUGCCCGAAAAAGGCGAAUCGCGAUCAGCAGGAUCAAGAUCGCGACGGCGUGGGCGACGCGUGCGACAACUGCCCAUCAGUGCCCAACCCUGAUCAGUCCGACAGUGACAACGACUUGGUUGGAGACUCGUGCGAAAGCAGCCAGGACAGAGACAGAGACGGCAUUCAUGAUGACAAGGACAACUGUCCGCGAGUGGCAAACAGUGACCAACUGGACACUGACAAUGACGGCAAGGGUGAUGAGUGUGACACAGAUGAUGACAACGACAGCAUCCCCGAUCUGCGCGACAACUGUCCCUUGCGCUACAAUCCCGGCCAAGAGGAUUUGGACCGAAACGGAGUUGGCGAUCUUUGUCAAGAUGAUUUUGAUGGCGACGAUGUUCCCAACUACUUGGACAAUUGUCCCAACAACUCCAAAAUUCACUCUACUGAUUUCAGAACUUAUCAAACGGUGGUGCUCGACCCUGAGGGCGAUUCACAAAUUGAUCCUAACUGGGUCAUUUACAAUAAGGGUGCCGAAAUUGUCCAAACUAUGAACAGCGACCCUGGAUUGGCUGUUGGCUAUGCUGCGUUUGGAGGCGUCGAUUUUGAGGGCACUUUCUUCGUCGACACAGAAAUUGACGACGAUUAUGUAGGAUUCAUUUUCAGCUAUCAAGACAACCAGAAGUUCUACACGGUGAUGUGGAAAAAGAACACCCAGACCUAUUGGCAAGCAACCCCCUUCCGAGCGGUCGCCGAGCCUGGCAUUCAACUCAAACUGGUCCACUCGAGCACCGGCCCAGGCCAAAUGCUGCGAAAUUCCCUUUGGCACACUGGCGACACAGAAGACCAGGUCAAACUUUUGUGGAAGGACCCGAGAAACGUGGGUUGGAAGGAAAAGGUCGCCUACAGGUGGCUCUUGUUGCACAGACCCAAAAUCGGCCUGAUCAGACUGAGGAUUUUUGAGGGCGAAAACAUGGUGGCCGAUUCGGGGAACAUUUUCGACUCGACCCUGAAGGGCGGCCGCCUCGGCGUCUUCUGCUUCUCGCAGGAAAUGAUCAUUUGGUCCGACUUGGUUUAUCGCUGCAACAACAACAUCCCAGAGGCGAUUUACCGCGAAUUGCCACCGAGGCUGCAGCAGGAGGUGGAAAUCGACACGACCCUUCCUCCCCGGCGUGUGGUCGUCAAUUAACUUGGAGGGAAAUUCAAAACCUGCCAAAAGCACCGCUUGUGUUUCUUAUGUAUUACUUAACACGGAGUUCUUGUCGAUUAAAAUCUUUCGAGUACAUUUAACGCAAAUUUAUUAUUCAUAAAUCUUCUAUAUUUAAGGUAAUACAGUUA